UCAUGACAUUUAUGUAAAAAUCUGAAAAUUGUGCAUUGUGUGUUUAAAUUUGGAUGGGUUGCAAGGAGCUUUUUAUUUAAAUUAAGUUUUUCUGCACAAAUCCAAAAAGUUAACAAAAUGUUUGACAUUCUGAAUAAUAAUUCGGAGCGUUCGGAGUUACGAAAAUUUGUUCAAAAAGCAGAUAUAAAUGAGGUAAGCAUAUUAUAUGAGCUUUGCAAUUUGAUGACUGAGAGAGUAUGUCAUCUAGAUGCCCCAAAAAUCUUAGAUAACAUUCUUAUUGGGUUUUCGAACUCAAAAAACUGUGAAACUAAAAGAAGACAAUUAGUAGAAUCUGUGUUAAGGAGUUUAUACAAAGCAAAAGUACAUACAAAUAGUGUGGACGCAAUUAUUAAUCGGAUUGUGAAGGAAUUUACACAGUAUGGAAAAACUUCUCUUGUACAUCUCGUCGAAUUUUGUUUAGAAAGUUUACGAAACAAUGAAGAUGAUCACACAAGUUGGAAAGAUAUCCUUCCGCUCUUAUUAGAAACCAUGAAGGAAGAUAAAUUUAUAGGGUACAAAGGUUCUGAAGUCUCCGGCACGGAGUACAAAUCCCUUAUCGUAAAAUCGAUAAUUGAUAGUAAUUGGGACCCGAAAAUUUCUACAUCGCUCGCAAAAAUGUUCCGAGAGAUGUCAUUGGAGAAAAACGAUCUUGAGACGGUGAUGAGAGCUUUAUGCCAUGUAUUGCCAAAAAGCGAUCCAAACGAAAUUCCGCCGCUAGUGCAUCAGCUUCUUCGGCUUGGCAAUGAUAGCCGACUACUUUUCAAUACGCUCUACAGAUAUUUCCAUCAAAAAUAUUCGGAGGCUGAUGCACACGAAAACAGUGAAAGUUCCAACAUAAUCGGAGAAAUCAGUUCGAAAGAACUAAUAACUGUGGAAUCUACGGUGUUGUAUCACAUUGUUAUGGCUGUGCAAAUGGAUCAUAAGAUCAUGAAGGAUUUUCUACGAUAUCUCAAAAGCGUUACUAAUACACCCGAAUUUGUUUUGGAUCCUUUUAUAAUAUCCGUUCUACUACUAAACGUGUCCAUGUUCGAGGAUCAGAUUUUGGAUGUUCUGAAAUUAGCGGUCAUACGAAGAAUUCAGGAUGAAGAGAAAAGCAAAAAGAGUGCGUGGUUAAGAAAAACUUUGACGUACGACUGGAGAAUUAUUGACGUUCUGUUAAAAGUUGUUGAAUAUAGUGCCCAAGAUCGAUAUCAGAUUGUCGAAUGCCUAGUAGAUUUUGCUUCUACUCUUAUGAGCGUCGAGAAAAGAAUGUCUCAUGAGGAAGUUCUUCUGGCUGAACUGGGAGUCAAAAUAAUUCAAAAGGUUGCCCAAAGAGUAGAUAUAUCUGGAAAAUAUAUUUUACAGCUUUUAUCUGAAAAAAUAUUGAUAAGUUCAUGUUCUGUUUCACAGUACACAGACUGCUUAGCCUUCCUCUGCCAAAAAUUAACUAUGACAGUUCUGGACAACAAAAUAUUAGUCGUGGGCUUACUGGAGCAGUUACUCUCUAUACCAGGAGGUGUAGCAAUGCAAGUUCUAUACGCAAUACUUCCUAUAACAAAGAUAAGCAACUCAAUAAGAGAUACUGUUGUCCUCGUACUAAGAAAAGCAUUAACGACCAGAGAUACUUAUACGCGCCAAAUGGCAGUACUCGGAUUUCUACAGUUAUUAAAGAAUCUCAAGGUGUCUUCCCUAUGUGCCUUAAGCCAAGGAAAUUCCUCUUCUACUACGUCAACAUCCACUUCUUCAGUUCUCACAGAGGCAACUCUUGAGAAAGAAAUGCGUAAUGUAACACAGGAUCCUCAAUAUAACCUGUCCCUUUGCCAAGAGCUAUUGUCUAUAUUGAGAAGAUGCUUCAUAUACGAUUAUCGAGUGCGUCUCUGCUUGUAUGAAGGCCUCUACGAUGCUAUUACUGUCAACUCAGAAUUGGCAGAAUUUGUGACUGAGAUGCUGCUUGAACGCUUUAAGCUGUUUUAUGAGCCAGAUGAAAAUAUCGUGCCGCCUGUUAUUUUUGACAAAUGCACAAUAACUCAAGGCGCUGAAGAGAUUUUACAGGAACCUUUGGGUGAAUUGAUUUUCCUGAUACAGAAAAUAUACAUAAAGACAGCUUCGAAGAAUUAUGCAGCGGUACACGAAUUUUCUAUGAUACUAGAAUCUUUUUGCAGAAGAACGUCUCGAACUGAAGCAGAACAUCUAAAUUUGAAUGAAACAACUGAUUUGCUGGACAAUCUUCCUAAAUCACAGAAAGCGUUGCACCGACUCAAACUGACGAUCUCUAUCUGCGAGGCAUUAAUAGCCUACAGAUUUGGAGCUUGGUCCGUGGACAGCGUUCAUUUUGCUGAAAAUGUCGUUAGCUUAUUCAAAUCUUACAUCCGUUUUGUUGAUUUCCUCAAGAGAAGCAAUAAAGCAAAAAAGGGAGACACAAAGAGUAAGGCUGACAAAGAUGUGACUGACAAAAGCUUCCGAAAAACUACCCGGGCCGCUACUUUAAAAUUACCAAACACUGUUAUUGAUUUAGAUACAGCGUUUAAAAUGUUGUCAUUGCUGUACGAUAAAAACGGUGUGUCGUGGGCAACUAAAGAGCAGGCGGAAAUUCUGCGCAAACGCACUGAGUUUCACCACUACGUCUUACAAACAUGUCUAAAUCUAUUUUGCAAUGCAAAGUCAAUGAAAGGCGCUGACCUUAAGCGACAUAAGCAGCAAUACUCAAAGAACUAUCUUCAGAUUGGCGGAUUUCUCUUUAAGAAUGUGAUAUCGGAUCUGGAUAGCAUUCGAAAUUUUGAUGAACCUACAGCUGCUUUUGCUCUAGAAUGUUUUAAAGAACUUUGUGAUUUAAUGUGUAACUCUUUGGGUUCGGAAUUCCAAAAGUUUCUGAACGUUACAGGCGGAGUUCACAAAAAAGAAGGGGCUAACUCUCAGAUUGAAGCACUUCUUCGUCCACUGACAGUAAUGUUUGUAAAUGCUGUCGAGGAAGAAGAGAGCGAGGAUUUAAAUGUGAAAAAAAUACCCUUGCAUCUUAUCGAGACCAUCUCGCAUCUUGUUCAUAAAGUACCUUUCCAAAAUAAUAUAAAAGAAGAUAAAAUUCAGGUUUGGCUUCAAAAAGAGACAGCAACGAAGCACUUUGAACCUUCCGUCUCUUUAGUUAUCAUGCAGUUGUUGCUUUUCGUUGAAGAACAAACAGCAGAGUAUGGGACCAUUUUAAAAGAAGUUUGUGAAGAUUUAUCGGAAAAAUAUUCUGAGGAAUCUGAUUCAGCUGUAGGAGCAUUUAAAAUCAUAAAUGAAAGAACAAUACCGCAAAUAUAUUCUUCAAUUAACAAUGCUAUAAAAUGCAAAUUAAACAAUGCUGUUUGGUUAUUUGGCCGACUUAAAGCAGAGCAAAUAAUCAUUUCCACUCCUGGGAUGGAAGAAGAAACUCGUCGUCAAGAGCUGAAAAACAAAGAGCGGUAUCUUUGCAAUAUAUUAGCAUAUAUUGUGGGAUUACUUGCUCUUUUUGUUGAUACGAAGAGUGAUCCUGGUCCGCACACUGACGCAGUUUUGAAAAAUGUGCAGCAAGUAUUCAACAUAUUGAGCAACCUCACUAAGUAUUACAUGAGCAAGUCAAGUACACAGAACGUAGCAUUCGAAUCCACCAAGUUCAAGAUGUUAGUUGAAAGUGCAGGAAAAUCCCUUAAGCCCAAGGUAGAAGACUUCAUAUCAGAAAUAGAAGAAUACAAGAACAAAGAUCAAAACAAAAGUAGCGACUCAUGCGCCCGGCGAAAUAAAAGUCUGAGGGAAACUAAAGUGAUUCCUCGCGUCAUUUACGAAAUCGAACAAUUUAACAAGGAUAUUCUUACUCUUUCUAAGAAAUCUGGGAUCGAGUUGAACAAGUACGUCAAGCACAGUAAGACGAGAGACUUCAAAAUAAAUAAGAUGCAGCUGGUAGAAAAUCUGGAUGGAAUAAAUAUGAGUAUGCUCACGACCCAGAACACAAUGAACAAUUGUACAAGAACUGAAGAUCCCGACGUGAGUGAGAGAAGUGAAAGAAGUUCAGAUAGCGAAAACGGAGCUACUCCAUCCAAGAGACAUAGAGAAAACAGCGCAUACGAUUCAUAACCUGAAAAUAUUAUAAUGAAAGGCCAGACGAAUAUCCAGUGCUGGCACCUAUGGAGACGCCGCUAAAAUGUCUAGAAGAAAUCUAAAUCUUGAUCUAAAUUCUAAAUCAAAAUUAGGAAGAGCAUUAAGUAAAUCAAUUUUUUUAAACUUUAAGAAGCACUAAAUAAAAUCUGGAUACCCAGAAGAAGAGGGAACACAUGGUGCGGAACCUUAGCAAGACUGGCACAAAGUUCAGAAUGAAGAUUUAAAAAUUCAUCGUCAAAGUUUAUUAUUAACAAUCAUUGACCAAAAUUAUUCUUUCUAAGAGGAAGUUUCAUGCAUGACUUAUUCGCCCUAAUUUAAGUGACUGGCGAAAGAUUUAUCCGUACAAAUUAGAAUAAACGAUUUGAGGACGUUCUUCAAGUGAAAGUAUUUCCCUUGAUACUAGCAAUAAUGGGUUUUCAAGGGAGAUUCUUUAAAUAUGUAGAGAAUAUUCUCAGAAUAAGUAGACAUUGUAUACAAAACUACAAUUCUAAUAUAUUAUAUUUAAAUUA